AUGGAGGAUGAAUCUCAGCUGCUAGCAAGCGCAGUGGUUGAAGAGUGUGAAGAAAAUUUUGAGGGUUUGAAUUCCUUGGUUGAUGUUGGAGGUGGCACAGGAACCAUGGCCAAGGCCAUUGCCAAGGCCUUCCCCGACAUCAAUUGCACUGUCUUUGACCAACCACAUGUUGUUGUGAACUUGCAACGGACUCACAAUUUGGAUUUUGUUGGAGGAGAUAUGUUUGAGAAGGUACCCCCCAGCAAAUGCAAUACCUUAAGGUAA